AUGGUUGGCCUAGGGCCGAGUGAUCAAGGUCGUGAUUCCUUUGAUGUGUGUAUGGUGGCACGUGAAAUUACACCGAGUGCGGUCGGCCGUGAGAGCACCGCACUGAAUGUCGGUAAUGGCGUUGUUGGCGAUUCGCCAUAUGGUGUGGGCGGCCGUGAGGGCACCACACCUAAUGUCAGUAAUGAUAUUGCUGGCGAUACGCCGUAUAGAGUGGACGGCCGUGAAGGCACCACGCUUAACGCCGGUAAUGGCGUUGUUGGCGAUACGCCGUAUAGUGUGGGCGGCCGUAAGGGCACCACACCUAAUGUCAGUAAUGACACUGUUGGCGAUACGCCGUAUAGUGUGGACGGCCGUGAGGGCACCACACCUAAUGUCGGUCAAGACAAAAGCUCUCGUGUAUAG